CCUGGCGCCAGGCUCGGCUGGCUGCAGCCCCGAAGCCAAGCAAGCAAACCCCCGGCGCCCGCUGGGCAGCAGCAGCCGGGCGGAUCCUGAGCAGCCGGCGAGCCUCCCGGACGCAGGCAGCGCCCAGGCAGAAAAAAAAGCCGCUUCUGACUAGAACAAUGCUGGAGGGCAGGCGAGGUGGCAUGGCAGCCCAAGUCUGAGAACAGGUGAACAGCGGCGAAGCGGAGGGCAGGGCAGAGAAGGUUGGCGCUGCCCUAGACGCUGCCCUAGAGGAAGCCAGCUUUGGGGAGGGAGAGAAGGAAAAGAAAAAAAAAAAGAGGCGUGGAAGAGGCGAACCCUUGGCAGCUUCGGGCGGCUGAGCCAUGGCUACCAAUUUCAGUGACAUCGUCAAGCAAGGCUAUGUGAAGAUGAAGAGCAGGAAACUUGGGAUUUACCGGCGUUGCUGGCUGGUGUUUCGGAAAUCUUCCAGCAAAGGUCCGCAGAGGUUGGAGAAAUACCCAGAUGAGAAGUCGGUGUGUUUACGAGGAUGCCCAAAGGUCACAGAGAUCAGCAAUGUGAAAUGUAUCACGAGGCUGCCCAAGGAGACCAAACGCCAAGCGGUGGCAAUUAUAUUUAUGGACGAUUCAGCUCGGACGUUCACCUGUGAAUCAGAACUGGAAGCCGAGGAAUGGUACAAAACGCUGUCCGUGGAAUGCCUGGGGGCCCGGCUCAACGACAUCAGCCUCGGCGAGCCAGAUCUGCUGGCGCCCGGAGUUCAGUGUGAGCAAACAGACCGGUUCAACGUCUUCCUCCUGCCCUGCCCCAACCUGGACAUCUAUGGCGAAUGCAAGUUGCAGAUCACCCAUGAAAACAUUUACCUCUGGGACAUGCACAAUCCCCGGAUCAAGCUCGUUUCCUGGCCUUUGUGUUCCCUGCGCCGCUACGGACGAGAUGCCACGCGGUUCACCUUUGAAGCUGGCCGGAUGUGUGAUGCAGGGGAAGGGCUGUACACCUUCCAGACCCAGGAGGGCGAAGAGAUCUAUCAGAGAGUGCACAGCGCCACCUUAGCCAUUGCCGAGCAGCACAAGCGCGUCCUGAUGGAGAUGGAGAAGAACGUGAGAUUGUUGAACAAGGGGACAGAGCAUUAUUCCUAUCCUUGCACACCUACCACCAUGCUGCCACGCAGUGCUUACUGGCAUCAUAUCACCGGCUCACAGAACAUCGCCGAGUCUUCCAGCUAUGGGGGUGACACCUACUCUGGUCCCCAGGCCAGCUCAGAGACUGACCUCCUGAACCGCCUAAUCUUACUGAAGCCAAACUCUUCCAAGAGUGGGAAAAGCGACGGCAAAGACCCCACCUCGGCUACCCAAUGAGGCCACUCAAUACCGAGCGAGGAAAACUGUUGGGGUGCCAAGAAACCGAGGAAAUUUUUUUUUUCCCCACCUGCUCCUGCUCUUCCACGAAAGGCCCAAGGGAUGACAUUUUGCUGCAGGGAAAGAGUUCGAGGCCCAGGAGCUGUGGACAAUGAGCCUGGCUUGGCCCCGGAUUGUCAGCAGGCAUCCAGAUCUUCUGCAAAGGACGAGCUAUAUAUUAUUACAACUAUUUUCAAUAUAUCGUAUUGUUUAUGCAUAUCCUAUAUAUCCAAGAGAGAGUUGAGGGGGGGUGGUCUCCCCUGAAGGCACAUCUCUUGGCCAUCAAGGCCAGAAUAUUUUAGACCGUCGGAGGGAGGGCUCGGCCCCAGGGAGGGGGUGUGUGUGUGUUUGUCUUCCUUUCUCACGUGGGGGGGGGGGGGGACAGCACCUUGGACAGGGCCUGGGCUGACGUCUUCUUCCCACGUCACUUGGGAGCCGAAGGAGGUCCCCCCCCGAAGGGUUAUGGGGCUGGAAGAGGGGCGGCCAGCCCAGGUUUUCCUAAACAGCCUCAUUCCUUCUGCCGAUCCAUGCUGCAGACCCCAACCAGGUCUUUGGGAGGCCCCCCAAAGAAACCUGUUUUUUUUUUCGGCACAGCGACCCUGCAGGGGAGAGCGGAGCAACAAAAGACACCUCCAAUCCUUGGGGACUUCUGCCUGCCCUCCUCGGAAACGCAGCUUGCUCCCCAGUGCUUCCCCAACACCGAGGCUUCGGCCUUGCCUGGAGAAGCCAGCUUUCUCUCCCCCCCCCCUCAGUAACAGUAGCACAAGUUCCUUUCUGGCUGUGCUCUCUCCGUGGGGCUGCCAGCUCAGGACAAGAGUGGGAUGCGGGGGGGGGCUUGAGGCCUUGGUUCUGUUUGCUGUGCCCAGAAGCUGGCUCUACUUGGGGCUAUUUGGGGACAGAUCGUGAGCUGCGAGGGGUGGGCUGGAUGGCCUUCCUUUUCGAACACGGGUGCUCUAUUGGAGGUCUGUUCGCACAAGGGCACAGACCCCGGCUGUUCCCGAAGGGAAGAGAUAUUGACUGGGUUUCGCCACAGGCCUCCUUUGAUUGGGGCUCGGCGUGUGGGGCGAACCCAGCCACUGUGGUUUGCCAAGCGGGGUUUAUAGCUUAGCAGGUACACUCAGUCCCAUGUGGCUUACUCAACCAACUGUGGCUCAUGCCAACCAUUGCCUCAGCACAAUGCAGACGCCGGUGAUGGCAAAAGGGGAAGCAGCUUGAGGUGGCUUCAUUGGGUUGUUGGAAGAUUUCUUUUACAUUCCAGUUGGAAAGUUUUGCCCCUCCUCAAGUCUAUCUCCUACCUCUACUCCCCCCCAACAAACAACCCCCAAGGCCUGGCCAAGCUUCUGGCAGGGGUCAGUGGCUGACCACUUCCUCCUUUCUCUGUCCUCGAAGCCGAACAAGCUGUGGGACCACUGGUCAGUCCCAACCUUCUUUUGAUUGGCAGGAGACAAUCAGUUGCUUGCUUCCAGAAGGUUCCCCCCUAUUCCAAUUCCCAGCUUCUUCUCCUCUUCUUGGACAGUUGAAAAGGUUGUCCACUUUUAGCCUGGCACCUUGACCAUGGCUUGGCCUUCAGGCAGAAGCACAGUGGAGGAAGGGUCUUCCGGGGCUCUGAGGGACUCUGUUGAAGGAACCUCUCGACUUUCCUUCUUCAAAAAGGCUCUCCUGAGAAUGCAGCCCCAUCUUCUCCCCACCUCCCACCUCCCUCCCUCCUUUCCCAGUAGUUAGUCAAGGCAGUCUUCUUCAAGCUGGUGACCUCUGGAUGUACCACUCCAAAUCCCAUAAUCGCUGCCCCGUACUGCCAAGGGAUCAUGGAACAGAAGUUGC